AUGGAGGCCGUCGGCGCGCUGCUGGCCGGCUGCCCGGUCGCCGGCCUGGCCGGGGGGCUGGGGGUCACCGUCUGCGCUGCCGCCGGGCUGCUGCUCUACAAGAUCGCGCGGAGGAAGAAGCCCACACACAUGACUGUGAACUGCUGGUUCUGUAACCAGGACACGGUGGUGCCGUACGGGAAUCGCAACUGCUGGGACUGUCCCUACUGUGAACAAUACAAUGGCUUCCAAGAGAACGGCGACUACAACAAGCCCAUUCCUGCCCAGUACAUGGAGCACCUAAACCAUGUCGUGUCAGGCGCCACCACCUUUUGCGACCCCACCAAGCCACAGCAGUGGGUGAGCAGCCAGAUCUUGCUGUGCAAGAAAUGCAACAACCACCAGACCAUGAAGAUCAAGCAGCUGGCGUCCUUCGCACCCAGGGAGGAGGGUAAAUAUGACGAGGAGAUCGAGGUAUAUAAGCACCACUUGGAGCAGACCUACAAGCUGUGCCGCCCGUGCCAGGCCGCUGUGGAAUAUUACAUCAAGCACCAGAACCGGCAGCUCCGGGCGCUGCUGCUGAGCCACCACUUCAAACGCCGGGAGACCGACAAGCCCUAUAUGCAGAGCUUUUGCUCCUCCUCUUCCUCCUCCUCCAUGAGCACCCCGACUCAGGUGAUAAUUCUGCGGUUCCUGACCUUCCUCAGCUGUGCGUUCCUUGUCCUGAUGGCCUCGUAUGGGUCAGGUGACCCCUUCUCACUCAAAGGCACGGCCCCUGCUCCUAUGGAAUCUGGCCCCACUGCCAUCAGGAAUGGGACUGAAGCGAGCCCAGCAGCGGCCUCGGAGAAUCGCACUCUCCUGGGAGUUGCAGGCUGGUGGGAGCUGCUCCACCUGCUGCCGGAGCAAACGGUGAAGAACUUGAGUGUCGCUUGGACCUACGGGAGGAACCAUCAGAUUGCGGUCGUCAUCCUCGGGCUGGUCACCUGCCUGUUAGCCAUGCUCCUGGCCGGACGGAUCAGGCUGCGGAGAAUCGAUGCCUUCGCCUCGGUCCUGUGGCUCCUGGUGAUGGGUUUGCACUUGGCUGAAAAGUACCUGAAGGCGGACACACCCAGCUGGCUGGACACGGCCAAAUUCGGCACCACAUCCCUGUGCUGCCUGGUGGGCUUUACCGCAGCAGUGGCCACGCGAAAGUCAACGGGCCAACGGAGAUACCGGCCCCGAAGGUUUCUUUCCGGGGAUUCGGUUGCUUUGUUCCCCAAUGGCUCUGGGAUUGGUUUCCCUUGUUCCGCUGCCUCGCCGUCUGUUUUUAUCCCAACGCCCCCCAGCAUCCUCCAGCUGACGAAUCAGCAGUUCUUCAGAUCCCCACGCAGGGCUUCCUCUUCCUCGCUCCCUGGACGUCUGAACAGGGCCCUCUCGCUGGGCACCAUCCCUUCCCUAGCCAGGACAGAUUCUGGCUACUUGUUCAGUGGAAGCCGCCCGGCGUCCCAGGGAUCUCAGUCCAAGGAGUCGCCUGCAUCAGAGUACUACUCCCUGCUGUCUGGAAGCUGCGCCCCAUCCCCCAUCCCAUCUCCAGCACCUUCGGUGGCUGGGUCCGUCACCUCCAGCUCAGGCUCCUUGCGUUACCGCCGGCCCCUCAUCAGUCCUGCACGCCUGAACCUGAAAGGGCAGAAGCUGCUGCUUUUUCCAUCCCAGAGUGAUGCCCUGCACACGCCGACCAGCUUGGAUGAGCCCACCCACCCCGACAGCAACGUCUUCGCUGCUGAGCUGACCCCGUUUCCGAAAAAGAACCUCAACGAGCGGGGAAUGCAUGAUAUGAGGUCAGUCGUGGAAAGAGGGAGUAUUUGCAGUAAUAAUUCCAUCAAAAAAGAGGAUAAUUCGUCACAUUCAUCCACUUGUGUGGUGGACACGACCACCAAAGGAGAAGACCUAGCAAGCUGGAGAGGUCAUUUUGGUAACUCCGUUAUCCGAGGUCUCCUUGCCAUGAGCCUGACAGCCAAUGCGAUCUUCACCUCAGCCUACCUCUACCAGAGCCUGCGCUGACCUGCACCGCCCCGGCUCUCUCUGGCACCAC